UGCGGCCGGGAGAGCCCAGCGCGCUGAAACCCGAGCCCCUGCUCAGCUGGGGUUUGGGGAGGUCCCAGUAAGAGGCGCCGGCCCCGAACUCCCUCGGUCGCUCCCGCCCCGGCUCCAGUCCCGUCCCGCGGCCACUCGGCACCGCGGCGCGCGCGCCAUGGAGCUGGGCUGGUGCGCACAGCUGGGGCUCACUUUCCUGCAGCUCCUUCUCAUCUCGUCCCUGCCGAGAGGUACUAGUACACAGUCAUUAAUGAAGGCUGCCCUGGAGCUGAGUGGAACAUCAUGUGCCGGGAGUGUUGUGAAUAUGACCAGAUUGAAUGCGUCUGCCCCGGAAAGAAGGAGGUGGUGGGCUAUACCAUCCCUUGCUGCAGGAAUGAGGAGAAUGAGUGUGAUUCCUGCCUGAUUCACCCAGGUUGUACCAUCUUUGAGAACUGCAAGAGCUGCCGGAAUGGCUCAUGGGGGGGCACGCUGGACGAUUUCUAUGUGAAGGGGAUCUACUGCGCCGAGUGCCGGGCCGGCUGGUACGGAGGAGACUGCAUGCGAUGUGGCCAGGUUCUGCGAGCCCCAAAGGGUCAGAUUUUGUUGGAAAGCUAUCCCCUCAAUGCUCACUGUGAAUGGACCAUCCAUGCCAAGCCUGGAUUCAUCAUCCAGUUAAGGUUUGUCAUGCUGAGUCUGGAGUUUGACUACAUGUGUCAAUAUGACUAUGUCGAGGUCCGUGAUGGGGACAACAGUGACAGUCAGAUCAUCAAACGUUUCUGUGGCAAUGAGCGCCCGGCUCCCAUCCGAAGCAGCAGCUCCUCCCUCCAUCUCCUCUUCCAUUCUGAUGGUUCCAAGAACUUCGAUGGCUUCCACGCUGUGUUUGAGGAGAUCACAGCUUGUUCUUCGUCCCCAUGCUUCCAUGAUGGCACUUGUCUCCUUGACCAAACUGGAUCUUACAGGUGUGCCUGCUUAGCAGGCUACACCGGGCAGCGCUGCGAAAGUGUCCUUGAAGAAAAAAACUGCUCAGACCCUGGGGGCCCAGUCAACGGGUACAAGAAAAUAACAGGAGGGCCUGGGCUUAUCAAGGGGCGCUUCUCCAAAAUUGGCACCAUACUAUCUUUCUUUUGUAACAACUCGUAUGUUCUUAGCGGCAAUGAGAAGAGAAUCUGCCAGCAGAAUGGAGAAUGGUCAGGGAAACAGCCUAUUUGCAUAAAAGCCUGCAGAGAACCGAAGAUCUCCGAUUUGGUACGACGGAGAGUUCUCCCAAUGCAGCUUCAGUCAAGGGAGACACCAUUACACCAGCUAUACUCCUCAGCCUUCAGCAAGCAGAAGCUGCAAGACAACCCUACCAAGAUGGCUGCCCUUCCCUUUGGAGACCUGCCCCCUGGGUACCAACAUCUGCACACCCAGCUCCAGUAUGAGUGCUUCUCGCCCUUCUAUCGCCGCCUGGGCAGCAGCCGGAGGACGUGUCUGAAGACUGGGAAAUGGAGUGGGCGUGCCCCAUCCUGCACCCCUAUCUGUGGGAAAACUGAGAACAUCACCGCUACCAAGACUCCAGGAAUGCACUGGCCAUGGCAGGCUGCCAUCUACAGGAGGGCCAGUGGGAUCCAUGGUGGCAGUCUACACAAAGACUCGUGGUUCCUGGUUUGUAGUGGUGCCCUGGUGAAUGAGCGCACUGUGGUGGUAGCUGCCCACUGUGUAACAGAGCUGGGGAAGGUAACCAUGAUCAAAACAGCAGACCUGAAAGUCGUCCUGGGAAAAUUCUACCGGGACGAUGACCGGGAUGAGAAGACCAUCCAGAGCUUACGGAUUUCUGCGAUCAUUCUGCACCCCAACUAUGACCCCAUUCUGCUGGAUGCCAACAUUGCCAUCCUGAAGCUUCUGGACAAGGCUCGCAUCAGCACCCGUGUCCAGCCCAUCUGCCUGGCUGCCCCUCGGGACCUCAGCAUUUCCUUCCAGGAGGCUCACAUCACUGUGGCUGGGUGGAAUGUUCUGGCAGAUGUGAACAGCCCCACCUUCAAGAAUGACACGCUGCGCUCGGGGAUGGUGAGGGUGGUGGACUCGCUGCUGUGUGAGGAACAGCAUGAAGACCGUGGAAUUCCAGUGAGUGUCACAGACAACAUGUUCUGUGCCAGCCGAGACCCCAGUGCCCCUUCCAAUAUCUGCACAGCAGACACAGGGGGCAUUGCAGCUAUGUCUUUCCCAGGCAGGGCAUCUCCUGAGCCUCGCUGGCAUCUGGUGGGGCUGGUUAACUGGAGCUAUGACAAAAUGUGCAGCCACAGCCUCUCCACAGCCUUCACCAAAGUGCUGCCCUUUAAAGACUGGAUAGAGAGAAACAUGAAAUGAGCCUCGGGCCCUUUAAGAAGCUUCUUUGGAAAUCCAGAGAUUCCUGUGGCAGGGCAGAGGUGAGGUGUGAUUUUACCCAUGAAUCUGCCUGAUCUCAGGGGAAACUCAGCAGAGGGGAGUAGAGUUCAUCUGUUUUGGUCAUCCACUGCUUCCCUGGCUCCUCAGAGCAUGUAUAAGACAUGAGAGCAUGUAAGAACUGAAUUUCUUUCCAAACAGAACUCUGGGUGAAUAACCAAGGAAAAUGGUUAUUCAAGCCACCUGGUGCUUCCCCGCUGGCCUUGCGGCUGUGCAAACAUCACGGUCAGAUACGAUGGAACAAAGACUGACCGUGAAGACUGGGCUUUACGAGGGCUCUUCUAAGAUACCAGCCAGACUGAGAUUCAGUCACACUCUCACCACAGGGGGCAUGGUUGUGGCCUUGACUUUCGUGUCCACUGCUACACCACAAUGUGGUCCUUUGCCUUCCUCAUACCCUGUACACAUUUGAA